CUGGCCCCGUUGCUGGAGCAACUGGCUAGCUCCCGCCCCCCCCCCUCCCGCCUCCACGCUGCCGGGAGAACUCAGUCCAGCAUUGGCCGCAAGGCCAAGGCCGGCGUUGACCAAGCCUGUGGGGAGAGGAGACGACCUCCCUCAGUCCCUCCCACGGACUCUGGGCCUCACCCACCCGCCGCUCCCGGACCUCAGUCAGACCGGGGAGCUACCACGGGAGUGGAUUGAAUCAACAUUCUCAAUACUGGCCAUUGUGUAAACUUAAACAAGAGAAAAAUUUAACAGCUGUUUUUAACCUAUUUACAAAGUCAUCAUGUCUGAUGAAGUGUGUAGCACUAUUUUGGCCUAUACCAAGAGUCCAAAAGUCACCAAAAGAACUACUUUCCAGGAUGAAUUACAGAAAGCAGUUACAGCUCGAACGGCACGACAACAAAGUGAAGACUACUCAGAUGAUUUUGACAGUGAUGAUGCUGAUUCUUUGGGAGGUUUUUCUGACACAUCAAUAGAUGAAAAAUCAAUGAAUAGAAAUCUUAUUAAUGAUUUUCAUGUGUCAGAUGAUGAAGAAAAGGAUUCUCCAAAAGUGACUUUUUUGAAAAUGAAGACAACAAAUAGCAAUGUAACAAAAGAUUUAGUUACGUUCCCCAUCAAAACAGAAAAAGAAGCAACACCAGAUACUUUGGAGGAAUUUGGAUUUAAUUCAUUGAUGCCUCAAGGAAAAGAUCAGGAAACUGAAGAAGAAGAAAUGAAAACAAAAUCUACACCUAGGCUAGUCAAGUUUGUAUCAUCAGAAGACAUCAGCAAUCUUGAAAAAGAUACUAAUGUUAAACUACCUUUACCACGGCUAAGAGGCAUCUUAAGAAAGACUAGCCAUGUGGGUGAUAAAGAUGUAUUAGAAGAGGAUGAUAAGCCUGCUUUUGCCAAACCACAGUUUUCACAUUCUGCACCUUCAUCUCUGACGAGGCUGAGUGACAAAACGUUAGAAACUGAGCAAAUAACUCUCUCUGAAAGCCCCAAGUCUGAGGGUCCAUGGUUAACAACCCCACAGACAACAUUAGUAAUUCCUCACCAUCUAUCAGAUUCUGAAAAUCUUGGAGACUACCUUUUCCCUCCACCUCCAGAAAGAUCUUCUAAAAAAGAUCAAGAACAAACAGUAGAUGAAAACCAUAAUAUUACAAAAUCAGAAGACAGUAACAAUAAGUAUUCCCCUGCAGAAGAACUAAGGGUGAGUAAUGCUUUGGAGAAACCAAAAGAAAGUCAACAAAGCAUCGAUGAGCUUGAAAAAAAUAUGAAGAAAUUACAAGUGUUUGUGGAUGACGAUAGAAAAUCUACCACUUCAGAUGCAUCCCUGACGAAAAAAAAAGAAGAUAAGAAUUUGACGAAGAAAACAGCUAAAAGAACAAAAUCAGGCAGGAAGAAACCCCUGCCCACAACUGCACCUUCUCAGUACCUGGGGACUUUAAAGAUUUUGGACCAGAAACCUUCACAGAAACAGAACCAAGAGCUUGACAAAGCAGAUUCCAUACGGGCAGCUGUGUAUCAGGAUUGGCUUGUAAAGAAAAAUUUAUGUUUUCAGGAACUUCAAAGAAUUAAAAAGAAUGAAGCUGAAAAUUUAAGAAUACAAAAUGAACAGAAAGGAGCCAAGAAAGAAGAAGCAUCAGCAUCUUUUGAAGCUUGGAAAGCCAUGAAAGAAAAAGAAGCAAAGAAAGUAGCUGCAAAAAAGAAACUUGAAGAGAAAAAAAUGAAGAAAAUUGAGGAGGAAAAUGCUGAGAAGAAGGGAGAAGCACAAAAAGCUUUUGAAAAAUGGAAAGAGAAAAAGUUGGAAUACCUUAAAGAAAAAAACAAAAAGGAGAGAGAAUAUGAAAGAGCAAAGAAAAAGAAAGAGGAAGAAUAUUAUGCUGAAAAGAUAAAAGACAAUAUAUCAGCAGUUGAAAGAUGGCAUGAGCAGAAGGACUUUCAGAUCAGGCAGAAGAUGAAAGAGAAAAUAAAUGAAAGAAAAAAACAAGAAAUAAAAAGGGUUGAAAAAGAAGACAAAGAUAAAAUGGCUGUUAAUGAAUAUGAAAGGUGGCUGGAGAAGAAGGAAAAAAACCAAAAACAUGACAGAAAACAAAAGAAACAUCUUGUUCUUUAUGCAUCUGAAUCAUUUCCUCGAUGGACUUCUCCAAGAAAACUUGCACCAACAAAAAAUUAUUGACAAUUCUACUUCCAGUGCUGUCCAAUCCUUGUUUAACAGUAACCAAUGUAAAAGGGGUUUCUGAACAUACCUUGUAUAUUUUGGUUUUAGAAUGGAAAUUCUAUUUAAAUUGCAAUUCCAGAAGUCUGCUGUAAUAGAAAAGGUAGUUUGGAGUUUGAUGAUGAAAGCACUAUACGGACUAUAGAUAAGCAGGUUUCCUCAAAAGCCAAGAAACAGAUUGUUUCCAUUUAGACAAAAAAACAGAUCUCCUAUCAUGUCCUUAAAUUUCUCCACAAUUAGAUGACUUUAGUCUUGGUGAAUAUGUAUAUCUCUUAUCCCUUUAUGAAACAGAAUCAUUUUCUUUUGCAAACUCUAAAGGUACUGAUUAUCGAGGUGCUAUUUAAAUAUGUAAAAUGAUAGUGCUUUAAGGUCUCCUUUUUCAUAUUUAUUCACUGGAAAAUCUAUGUAAUAUUUCCUUUAUCUUAAAGCUAUUAUAUUUGCACUGAAUAAUUUUGUAACUAUGCCAAGUUAAUUUUUGGUGAGUGGAGACAGUUGCUCUAUCAAACUAAUAAUCCUCAAAUCUUCUCUUUAAAAAAACCAUCUUCCUCUUUCCCCUCAUUACCCCCCAAAAAAAACUUGCAGUUUUUAAAAAUAAGUGCACUUUAACACCUCUGUUCUGGGUUCAAGUGACAGUCACAAGCACUUUUUAAAAACCCCUCCUGUUCUUUCUCACUUUCUUUCUUGUUCCGUAAUUACCCAGAGGGACUAAGUUCUCAGUAAUACUAUAGUAUUGUCUUUAUCCAUUUGUCAAGAAAAUUCCACAGGAGUUCAAAGACAGCGCCAUUAAUAAUAUUUUCCAAGAAGGCAGUAAAUUUGACAGUGGCAAUUCUUGUGCCAUCUUUCUGGGUCCUCCUUGUGACUAGGAGCAUGCAUUUGAAAGCUUGCUGGCCAAGGACAUGUGUGCACGGGUUGGCAAUAGAACCAUCUUCCCCUGCAUACAACCCUUUGGAUUCAUUAGCACCAUGGGAUUUUUUUUUUUUUGGUCUUGCUUUUCUUUUUCAACUAACUGACCUAACUAGAAACAGAUGAAAUAUAUGCACUCACAAUUACAGUGUUGCUUUAGUCCAGAAUGGAAUACAUAGAAAGUAGUAGGGAAAAUGUAAAGUCUAGCAAGAUUCUGGUAUUGAAUCAGCCUUAUAAAAAGUGUUUUUAUACUCUCACAGCCAAAGAGCAAGUUUAGCUGUCCAAAGAAAUUCACGUCGUGAAGAAAUUGGUGGUUUUAAAGGUGGUGGUGCAACUAUCCAAUGUAGUUGUUAUCACUAGUUGAAUGAAGUAGGAUUUUGUAUAGCAUCAAUUUUAUUCAAACUUUUACACAACUGUGUUCGACAACAUAGCGGGAUAGAAGUGGCUCUUGGGCUAAGCCUUCCAGUAACACUGCAGGUUAAAAACAUUAUUCAUCCUUCAGACUACCAUUUGGGAAUUUAAGAGAAUACACUGAUGAUUUCAUUCCAUAGGGCGUGUGAAAUAUUUGCAAGAUCAGCAGGAUUGCUCUGGGAAUUAACAGUAUGUUUUAAGGAAGAUAACUUUUUAAAAAAAACUUUAAACCAGAGAAACCCUGCAUCUAGUGAGUGUUUUAUCAGUAGUCACCUGAAGGAUAUCACUAAAUUCUGAAAAGAUCAACAAAUAAACAGAAGCUGACAUGUUGUUCAAGAUAUAUAAGACUGUGUUGCCAGUAUGACAAAGAUUCAAUCUUAAUGUUUAGCAGUAUGUUCUGUUUGGGGCUGUAAAGCUUUCUGUCUGUGAGAUUUCAUGGUUGUAGUAAUAUGUUGUAGUCUUAACAUUAAAGAUUUGCAUAAUCUUCCUCAGAGUUUUGCAAACUCCCCUCUACUGAAUAGUAA